CUCGCUUUUCCGAAGAGACUGGGAGCUGCAGUUUAUCCCUCGUCCUUGUUUUGUAAGGGGCUGAGGAGAAGCGGCUCUACAGCAAAAUCUACCAAGAAGGGCGAGUUCCCCCCCCCCUGCAAAGGAUCGUGGGCGUUGUAGUUCUCAUCCAAACCGUUUGCCACACAUUGCAAGCUGGGCCGGGAGCUGGCGUGAACUCCAUUUCCCAAGAGCCUCUUCGCGCAAUCUCAGUGACGCUCCGCGUCAGGUCAGCGGCUCUCUCAGAACAGACCGUAGAAAGAGAGCGAGAGAGAGAUUCUUAAUGCCGGCUCUCCGGUAACGAGAAUAAGCGAGAAUCCGCCAACUCUAACCCCCCCCUCGACCGACUCAAAACACAGCUCACCCCGACCUCCGCCUCCCCGCUGAAGCCCCGACACCUCCGUAAGCAGACAUGAGCGGCCGGCCCAGGACCAGCUCCUUCGCUGAGCCGCCGGGAGGCGUCGUCGGAGCCGCCGACGGAUCGGCCGCCGCUGGGGGAAGCGGCGCAGGAAAAGCCGGGGCUGCUCAGCAGGCCACGGCAAGCGGCUCCGGGUUUGAGAUCUUCAAACUCAGCAGGGACAGCGGGAAGACCACAAGAGUGGUGGCCACGCCAGGUCAAGGCCCGGACCGCCCACAGGAAGUGUCCUACACGGACAUCAAGGUGAUCGGGAACGGCUCGUUUGGAGUGGUCUACCAGGCACGGCUAGUCGAGUCCGGAGAGAUGGUCGCCAUUAAGAAGGUGCUGCAGGACAAGAGGUUCAAGAACCGAGAGCUGCAGAUCAUGAGAAAACUGGACCACUGUAACAUUGUGAGGUUGCGAUAUUUCUUCUACUCCAGUGGAGAAAAGAAAGAAGAGGUGUACUUGAAUCUGGUCCUGGACUUCGUCCCUGAAACAGUUUACAGAGUGGCUCGCCAUUUCAGCAAAGCCAAACAGACCAUCCCUUUCAUAUAUGUGAAGGUUUAUAUGUACCAGCUGUUCAGGAGUCUAGCCUACAUCCAUUCCCAAGGCGUCUGUCACCGCGACAUCAAACCACAGAAUCUGCUGGUGGACCCGGAGACGGCCAUCCUCAAACUGUGCGACUUUGGCAGCGCGAAGCAGCUGGUGCGAGGCGAGCCCAACGUGUCGUACAUCUGCUCGCGGUAUUACCGCGCUCCCGAGCUCAUCUUCGGAGCCACGGACUACACCUCCAACAUCGACAUCUGGUCAGCGGGCUGCGUGCUGGCCGAGCUCCUGCUGGGCCAGCCCAUCUUCCCGGGGGACAGCGGAGUGGACCAGCUGGUGGAGAUCAUAAAGGUUUUGGGGACCCCAACCAGGGAACAGAUCCGCGAAAUGAACCCCAAUUACACAGAGUUUAAAUUCCCGCAGAUCAAAGCACACCCCUGGACAAAGGUAUUUAAGAAUCGCACCCCCCCGGAAGCCAUCGCGCUCUGCUCUCGUCUGCUGGAGUACACGCCUGUCACACGCCUGUCCCCGCUUGAGGCUUGUGCUCACUCCUUCUUCGACGAGCUCCGGGACCCGGUGACCAGGCUGUCCAACGGGAGGGAACUGCCUCACCUCUUCAAUUUCAGCGCAGUCGAGAUGUCGAUCCAGCCUCAGCUGAACUCCGUUCUCAUUCCCCUGCACGCUCGUUCACAGGCUGCCACGCCUUCUUCACACGGCGAGGGCAGUCUAGCCGCAGACAGCAGUCCAGCCCAGUCAAGCAGCAGCACAGGACCUGUCAACAACGCCUCCUGAGUUCAGAGACUCUGACCGCCCUGCUAAUAACCAUAACCUCCAUCGUUCUGCCCGCCCCUCCCACCUCACGAUCCCACACUGCGCGUCACUCCACCGCCUGUCCCUGUCUGUCCCUCCCUCCCUGUCUGUCUGUCUCUCUCACAGACUCGAGUUCUCUCUCCGCCUCCAAAGCAGCCGGCAGCUAGGGGGCACUGUGGGCAAACUCGAGAACUUGAAACUGAACCUAAGCGGCAGGCAAGCAAUCAAACGAAACUUCGCAUGUUUUUUUUUUUUUUUUUUUUUUUCCUAUGUUGGUGUCCUAGUCGUAUUACUAAUAAUGAUAUUGUCGUUAUUGUUGGUGUUGGUAUUGGAAUUUUAUUUUCAAUGUAUAAAGAAAUGUGUUUGUUUUUUUUAUCUUUACAACCAGAGGUAGUUUUAUUUAUUUAUUUUUGUGUUUUUGUUUCAUUUUUUUUUUGGGGGGGGGGGGGGUGGAGAGGAGGAGUGGUUUUAAAUAGUCUUGUGUCGGGUCGUAUUUUUUUAAUUAUUUUUUUUUAAAUGUAAACUGGAAGGAAACUUCUAUUUUUUUUUUUAAUUUGAUUUUUAUUGCAAUUUCGUAAAUUUCAGAAGAAAAACCAGCCCUCUGGUUGUAAAGAUGCGUUGUAUCCCUUUCUGGUUUUAUGUUUUUUUUAACCCGUAACUGGGCAAAGUAACUCUCUUUUAAAAAAGGGAAUCUGCUUUUUAGAAAGAAACUCUGUCGUGAUGAAACGCUGCCUCCUUGUGGUAACGCCAGGGAUUGCAGCCUGUUGAUUCACGCAGUAAUAAAGCCACUUUCUUUUUUAAAAAAUAAUUUUUUUGCACUUCAAAUAGUCUUAUUGUCAAAUCCCCCCUCCCCUUCUUAAAUUGUAGAUAAGAAAAAAUAAAAUUUUAAAUCGUCUUUUUUUUUAAAUAUUCCUUAUUUGUUUAUUUUCUUUUGUGUUUUACAUUCAUUCUGUGAGCUUCAUUAAUAAUAAUAAUAAUAAUAAUAAUAAUAAUAUUAAUAAUAGACUCCCAUUGCAGUGCAGUUUGAGUCAGUCCAGGCUUUACAUGCAUUCUGUGAGCUUCAUUAUAAAACUCUCUUUAAUUCUCUUGAAAUAAUUGAAGCUAGUUUUAUUCAGAGGUGCUCCUCCAGCCUUGUCAGGGGGAGUGUGUUUUGAAGGCACGUCUUCCACGCAUGCAUAUAAACCAUUCUGAAACGCGUCGUCGCUCGCUGAUCCGAACCUGGAACUGCUACCACAGUAACUUCCUUUCAAAGCUUCGUUUGUGUGUGUGUGCGUGUCGUGAGGGAGGGGAACGUCGCUUCUCAAACAGACCUGUAGAUUCUCAGCGUCUUGUUCUCUCGAGCUCUAAAGGGCGGUUGACGGUGGCUGUGUAUCUAGCCUCUUGAGCUCCUGAGACUUCCAGUUGUGUAACUAGUCUUGUACCUUAAUUAGUGAGCCACUAGUUCCGCUAACCUGCCGUGUUAAGUUACCUAACCCGUGUCUGCUCUGGUCAGACACAUAACUAGUCCUGCACUGAUUAGUUUAAGCUUCUUGCCUCUGUGGUCUUGAUGCCUAACUAGUUGGGUUAUUGUUGUAAUCGGUUGUCAGUUUUUUAACUAGUUAGCUGUGUAGGUCGUCUUACCAGUUGGUUAAGCGUAUCAGAGCUACUGGUUAGCAGUGUAACUGGUGCUGGUUAGCAGUGUAACUGGUGCUGGUUAGCAGUGUAACUGGUGCUGGUUAGCAGUGUAACUAGUGCUGGUCUCAGUUUCUUGUUCUUGUUGUUUUUGCCUGUUGCUGACCUGCGUUUGUAAAAAUGAAAAGUUUAAAUAAAGAAAUCAAAUAAUUCAAUAAAAUCCACAAAGACUUGAUGGGAAAAAAACGUACGAAAAACCGUCCAGAAUUACUACUGCGGCUUUACUACAAUGCUGUUAUUAUUAUUAUUAUUAUUAUUAUUAUUAUUAUUAUUAUUAUUUUGCUGAAAGAUUCACUAAAAAAAGUUUUAUUUCUUAAUGAAAAACUGAAGAAAAAAUAAUCUUACAAAAAAAACCCCAUAAAGGCGAACCAAACCCUCCUGAACGAUAACAGGGUUAUUUGUAAAUAUGUUUUUAUUUCUUACUCUCUCUCAUUUUGUUUGUUGUUUGUUUUGGUUCUCGCUGUAUUUUUUUUUUCUUUGGAUGGAACGUGACGUUUUCACUAAAGUGAUUUCUUUCAGUUCCGAUCGUGUAAAUAUUUUCUGUUUUGUUACUGUCGUGUUUUUCUGUUUUCUGUGUUCACACCUCCUUCCUGUAUUUCUUAAAAGAAAUAUUUUACCAGUCUCGUAAUCCUCUCACCCGACCUUAGAAACUCUCCAAACUCGCUCUCACCCGACCCCUGACCUUAGAAACUCUCCAAACUCGCUCUCACCCGACCCGACCCCUGACCUUAGAAACUCUCCAAACUCGCUCUCACCCGACCCGACCCCUGACCUUAGAAACUCUCCAAACUCGCUCUCACCCGACCCCUGACCUUAGAAACUCUCCAAACUCGCUCUCACCCCACCCUGACCCCUGACCUUAGAAACUCUCCAAACUCGCUGACAGUGCGUGGGGAAAAAAAAAAACUAGCAUACCUAAUGAAGUAAUAAAGUCUUCAAAUGGGAGGGGGGAUUACAAUUUAGAUUACGUUUAUUUACAGUGUUACAGGUUUUAAAAAAAAUUUAAAAAUUCAGUCAUUUUUCUUAAGUGUUAACAGUGGGCUGCAGUGCCUAAUGCAGCUGUACAGGUGAGCCCCCGGGUACAAACCCUGGGAAGCUCUGGGUUAAGGGGUUAAGGAUUCUACUGAGAAACCAUCGCGAGCUGAGGGUCCGAGCGCUGGUGACGCAUCCCGCGCGGGAAGCCUUCUUGACGUGGUUUCGUGGUUUUGGGAAUGCGGAAGGAGAGCUCUUUGAAAUCACUUUGAUUAUUCCACUCCCUGAUAGACGCCCCACGGAAUCCUGAACCGAAUAAAUAUCUAGCCGUGUGACUCGUUCAGAGACCCUCAGAUCAUCCACGCAUUGCCAGCGAGUUCCGGCUGCUUCAUACAUGCAGCCUGCUGAGUUUUAUUUUUUUAGGUUUUAUUUCACACCCUGUCUGUCAGUCUGUCUGUCUGUCUCGCUCUUUCAUAUAGACCCCCCCCCCCAUCCUCCUUUUCUCUCUCCUGUUUAUAUGCUGGGCUUGUGUUAAUUCCGUCGCCACAGUUGCACCUCCACACCUGCUGGUGGCAACACUGCCUUUGCUUUGGGGGUCCUCACAGAAGAGGGCUCCUCCUCUGCGGGUGUGUCCACUGGGGAGAAUACUGGGCUGGGUCUCGGGUGACUCCUCCCACACCUUGCUCCACAUAGGAUUGGCUAGCGGUUGGGCAGUUCAGAGAUUUGAUUGGUUCAUCUCGCACGCGCACCACCUUUGCCAGGAUAAGGGGUCCAAGUUGACAUACUUUGCACAUGCUCCCCCUGUGUGUGUGUGUGUGUGUGUGUACAUAUCUGUGUAGCAGAGAUUUCGAGUAAAGAAAUAAAUCAACUAUGUAAAUUCA